GGGGUUGAUCGAGUCGAUCAAACAGUAUUUUUCCUAAUUUCCCCCUCUAGAGAAAACCUAAGAGGAGAAAACAACAAUCAUAUACAAAGAUUUUAAAAACACUAAGGUGCACUAAAUUUUCAAAAAUGAGUAUUGCCAAAACUAAAAUUGACCAAAAAGAAUAUUUGAAACGAUAUUUAUCUAAUGAUAAAGACAAAAAGAAGAAAAAAAAGAAAAAGGAUAAACAUGCUUUAGGAAAACUUAAUGUAAAGAUUAUUGAUGACGACGAUACAGCAAACCCGCAUCAACUCCAAAAUGAAGACGAAUCAGAUUUAUUUGCAUUAGGAGAAGAAGCACCACAGAUUGUAGGAAUUAUUGACGAACGUCCACCGGAGCUGAAAGCGAAGGAAGAUUUCAACACGAGUAAAUGGAAAAAGCUAUCUGUUGAUAACGAAAACAAUUGGGGCAAUGUUCCUAAAUCUAACGACAGUAACAUUAGAAGUGGGACUUAUGCAACGAAGUCUAACAGAAGCAAUUCGCCUUGCCAAUCUUCCAAUUCAAACUUUGCUCAAAGAGAUGAAGGCAUGGUUGCGCCGCAUCGUGAUUCGGAUGAAAGUCCUCCAAGAAGAAGAAAUGCUCGUAGCCCUACAUUGGCAAAAGGAUGUCGACGAGGUGUUAACUCACCAAGAAAAAGAUGCUCUCGAAUCAACUCUGAUUCCGAUGCAAGCCCUCCAAGAAAAACCGAUAGAUAUCGGAAUGAUGGUGAGAUAAGAAAAAUAAAAGUAGAAUAUGAUUCUGACCAAAGUCCCCCGAGAAAGUCUUCGACCAAUCAAGCACAGCUACGAAACACAGGAGAAAGUUCACGAAAAGCGCGACGCAAUUCAGAUGAAAGCCCACCCAGAAGGCGUUUGGAGAACAAAUAUCGCAAAGAUUCUGAUCAAAGCCCUCCAAGACGAGGGCAAUCUUCGAAAGAAAGAGUUGCUCAAAGAAGGCGAGAUUCUGACGCUAGCCCUCCUAGACGUACUAAAGCAUCAAUAUAUGAUCGAGACAUCAAAGAAGAACGAAGCCAUUCCAAAUCGCACAGCCGUGUUCCGGAUACAAGACAUAUCAAACAGGAAAUUGUUUCGUCAGACGAAAGUCCUCCUCGUAGAAGACAUCUAGAGUCAAAUGAGAGUUCACAUCGUCGAAGAGAGAGAACGCAGAACAGUUCACCGCUCAGAUCAAUCAAGAAAGAACCACGAGAUGACGACUCCGGAACGUUAUCUAAAAAGAUGACUACCACAUUGGAUGGCAAAAUUGCUGGACUACAAGAUGCUAAAGCAAUGCGAGUUGAAAACGAGAGGUUCCGCCGAAGAGAAGCAGAAGUAUUCGAAAGCAUGUCUGCCGAGACAUCCGGACGGUACGCAAAGACUGUAGUACGAGAAAAGCAUCACAAACGCCGGGAAGACGUAGAAGAGGAACUGAGGAAAGAGUUCGAAAAGCGCAAACGUGACGAAAAAAAGAAGGAAGUUUAUACCCGAUGGGGAAAAGGGGUGAAGCAAGUGGAGGAGUAUAAGGCACAACUACAAGAAGCGGCACACGAGAUGAACAAACCAUUAGCUAGAUAUGCGGAUGAUCAGGAUUUGGAUGAAUAUUUAAAGAAGCAGGAACGUUUGGGGGAUCCAAUGUUGGACUACAUUCGUAGUAAGAAGAAGGAAAAGGCACGUGAAGAGGGACGUCCUGAAAAGCCUAUAUACAAAGGUUCCUUCAUGGAUAACAGAUUCGGUAUACGACCAGGCUAUCGCUGGGAUGGUGUGGAUCGAUCCAACGGUUUCGAGAAAAAGUGGUUUGAAAUGCAGAGCAAAAAGAAGGCUGUCGAGGAAGAAGCUUACAAGUAUAGUGUGGAAGAUAUGUAGCUUUGUAAUAAAAUGUUAUUCCGACAAAUAUAUUUUGCUUACUCAGCGGA